AGUUGUCAUUAUCAUAUUUUAUGCCUCUACAGGGGGAACGAGGAGGCCACACCAUCUGGGGACAGCACAGUAUCUACCUUGAGAAUCUGGGCAACAGUGCAAGCAUACCCCAGUCGCCAGUCAUUCUUACAGGGGAAGAAGAAAAACCUCCUGUGAGAAUCAUCCCAGAAACCCCCCCCUCACCCAUACAGUCCCCAGUUCCCCCUCCAUCUCAGCAGAAGCAUCUUGUCAAAGUCUCUGCUGAUUUUCCUCAGGGGAUGGAGCAUGACUUUCUGGCCAAUAGCAGAUUAUGCUGCCUUGAGUUUGUGCUGCUCUUGUAUAACUGCACUGCAUGUCAGCUGUCAGCCCAUCUCAACCUUUGUCCAGAAGGCAUAUCAAAUAGCAAUGGAACUUCAAGCAGCCACAUAUACUCCCCUCAAGCAAGUACUCGGCUCCUUUACGUGGGAGGAACUGUGAGAAAGAUUUCAUUGGUGCCUUGGGGAUGCAGCAAAGUUCCUGUACGUGCUCUGGUCACCACCCCAGGCACAUACAGUCUUGGAAACUUCACUUUAACUGCUCUUCGGUCUCAUGCCACUGUUUCAGAGUCCCCUGUUGUCCAGAACUGUCAAUUACAGACAGCUGUUACAGUCAGACAGGCAGUAAGAGUUGAUCAUCAUCAUCAUAAUACAUGAUGCUCUCAGAUUACAGAUGAAAGUUGACUAAACAUUUUAUUUAUUAAUAUUUUUUUUUUAUUUUAAGUAAUUUGUCAAAUGAAAUAUUAGUGCCUGUAUCCUAAUGCUUGCAUAUUAGCCAAUACAGCAUAUAAAUUUUGAAACUGUCAGUGCCCCAGCCCUUUUCAACAUUCCUCUGCUCAUGCUGUAUCUCAGCUGCUCUGGGAUGUGAUUUCACUGUAUUAGAAUUUCUUAGACAAGAAAAGAAAAGAAAUAUACACAGUUGGAAAUUACAUACCCAUUUCACAAAACCUGCAUAAAUAAGAUAUGGUAAUUUUGUUAACCGUUAAAAACUGUUAGUUUUAUAAUCGAAAUUGAUCAGCUGCAGAUGGGUAGGUUUCAUAUGCUAUAAGUAAAUAGUUAUGUGCUCUGAGAGUUUUAUUUAAUUUUAAAGGUAGCAGGUUCCCCAGAUCUGAAGUUGGUAAAUUAUUGUUGAAUAUUUUUUUUUUCCAUUAUUGAUAGAAUGUAUUAGAUUUAGAUAAUUUACUGAUGUAUGGUAGAUAAAAGGAUGUUUGUUUUAUUGGGCAACUGAUUUUUUGCAACUUGCCAUAAGAAUAAUGAAAAUAAUAUGGUGCAUUAUAUCUUCUGAGAGAAAGGUUUUAAUUUGGUAAUUCUUUUUCCUGCAUUAUGAUUUUCAUUGUUCAGGAAAGAGUGAUGUGUUCGUAUUUGAACUGCAUGAUGAGUGCCUUCAGAAUUGUGCGAGAAUGUUUAUUUAUAAUUAUACCUGGAUGUUACUUUCUUAGACAUUAUCUCAGAAAACUCAGUGGUGAAUAAUUAUACUAGUCAGCGAAUGUUGUUAAAAAUAUAAAGAAAAUGUUUAUGAUAUAUGAAAAAAGGAAAUGCAGAUAUAGGUAUAUUGGAAAGGUGCAAAACAUGUUAUUGUCAUUAUAUAUUUUUUCCCAUUCUUAGUAGGUAAUUUUUAGUGUGAGAAUAUAGAAAACAGUGAAACUUUGGGAUAUAACUGAGAAUUAUUUUGUGCCAAAAAGGGAGAAGUUAAUAUAUACAGUAAAGCAACAGGUCUUGAAGAAUAUAUAAUGAUGUUCCUUUUUGCACUCAUUUCAGUGCAUGCUAGAGGGACACAUAAAUAAAUCAGAAGGUACAUAUGUAAAAAAAAACUAAGAUAAAUUCCGAUUCACAAUGCCACAGAAUCUAGGCUUCAAUACUCCUGUUUUACUUGUGUCACUUUUAUAUUACAUGGAUAGUAUACACUUCUUGAUAAUAUUACAAUUAAAAAAGUGUAAUGUUAAAGUUUUGUGCUGAUAUGAAAGAUGUACUUGACUACAGUAUGCUGUGAUGUUUUUAUUACACAUUUUCUUCAGUAUUCUUGAGGAGGAAGGCAUUUUGGCUCACUUUUGGAAUUAAUGUAAUUUUCAGUAAUAAACAACAUAGAUUGCCAAUACUAGAAGUGUUUUU